CAAAGCCUGCUUGCUACUUUAGUUCCUGUACGUUCUUAUAGAGAUAAGGAUAACCUCCACCCCUCAAUAUGGAAGUUAUCCUAUCUCCUUAUCUCUAUAGUUCUUGAGUUUCUAUGAGUGCUUGGUAUCCUUCUUCUUUCCAUUUUGAUCUUCUCUUCGGUUUCUUUUUUUUUUUGUUGAAACACGAUGGGGAAUGUACUUUCAAACGGCUUUCAAGCUGCAACAAGUUUUUUUCUUGAAAAGGCCAAGUAUAUACUCGAACUGGAAGAUAAUCUUGAGGCUUUGCAAGAGGUUGCGAGACGCCUCAAAGCAAUGAAGGAUGACUUGCAGAACCAACUCGAGAUGGAAGAACGAAAAGGUUUGCGAGCGCUAGAAGAAAUUAAGGUAUGGCUUUCAGAAGUCAAAGCCAUCCAACCAAAGGUCACUAAACUGCUUGAAGAUAGGACUUCAGAAAUCGAAAGAUUGUCUAUGUGCGGGUACUGCUCCAGCAACUUCUUUUUAACCUAUCGUUAUAGUAAAGAUGUAUUAGAAACGGUGGAGAAAGUACAAAGUAUUUUGUCCUCAAAACCUUCUGGCGAGGUGGCUAGGCUGGGUCCUCCACCUGGUAUAGAGGAGAUAGCCACUCAACGCACAGUCGGUUUAGAGAAGGUGCUUGAAGCUACGUGGAGCCGUCUCAUGGAGAAGGAAGUUGGAAUCUUGGGUCUUUACGGAAUGGGUGGAAUAGGGAAAACCACUCUUCUCAAACAAAUCAAUAACAAGUUACUUGAAAAAAAAGAUGAGUUUGAGGUUGUGAUAUUUGUAGUGGUGUCUCAAAAUCUACAAGUUGAAAAGAUCCAAAAUGAGAUUGGGGAAAGACUAGGCCUCUGUGGCCAAGCGUGGGAGAAGAAAACUCAAAACGAGAAAGCCUCUAGUAUUUGUGGGGCUCUUACAAGGAAAAGAUUCGUUAUGUUAUUAGAUGACAUAUGGAGGAAAGUGGAUUUAGUAGAAGAGAUCAUUGGAAUUCCAUUACCCUCUCCAAAGAAUGGAAGCAAGGUUGUUUUUACCACUCGCUCGAAAAAUGUUUGUGGGCGUAUGGGAUCUCAUGACUUGGAAGUCAAGCAACUGGACCUUUUGAAUGCUUGGGAACUAUUCCGACAGAAAGUUAGAGGUAACACACUAGAAAGUGAUCCAAAGAUCCUCGAGCUAGCAAUACAAAUUUGUAUAAAAUGUAGAGGCUUACCCCUAGCACUCAACGUUAUUGGGGAAACAAUGGCAUGCAAAACGACGGUACACGAGUGGCAGUAUGCGAUUGAUGUUCUAGAUACAAAUGCGGCCAAAUAUCGAGAAGUUGAAGACGAGAUUCUUAAAAUUCUCAAGCUUAGCUAUGAUGCUCUUGAGAACGAGACAGUACAGCAAUGUUUCCAGUAUUGUGCUUUAUUUCCAUACCAUACAAUUUAUAAAGACUUGUUGGUCGAGUACUGGAUAUCCGAAGGGAUCAUAAAUGGAGGUGGAGAUAGAGAAAGAGCUAUCAACCAGUGUUAUAGUAUAAUCGGCACCCUCAUUAGUGUAUGUCUAUUGAUGCCUGCUGACACUUCAGAGUUUGUAACAAUGCAUGAUGUGAUUCGCCAAAUGGGUCUUUGGGUUGCAUCUAAUUUUGGGGAAGAGGAAGAGAAAGUUAUCGUCAAGACAGGUGCUGGACUGCAACAGAUGCCUGAGGUUAGGAACUGGAAAGUGGUGAGAAGGAUGUUACUGGCCAAAAAUAAGAUUCUGAACAUCUCAGGAUCCCCGGUGUGUCCUAACCUUACCACAUUGUUCUUAACAUACAGCUGGCUGGUGAACAUCUCAGGUGAAUUUUUUCUAUCGAUGCCUAAGUUAGUGCUUUUGGAUCUAUCUUGCAAUAUAAACCUAACCAAGUUGCCAGAAGAAGUUACAAGCUUAGUGAGCUUAUCGUCUUUGUCAGUUUAUUUCGUGUCAGUGGUAUACAAGAUUUGUCGUGGUUGUUGUUUGCUCCGAAUCUUACAUUUCUAUUCGUAAGGGGGCCAUCACCGGAAUUGCAAGAAAUUAUAAGCAGAGAAAAGGUGUCUGGUAUACCCUUUCGAAAACUACGUGCGAUGCACUUAAUCUCUUUGAAGGAACUGAAGAGUAUCUACUGGGAACGGUUGGAAUUGCCAUGUCUAAAGAGAAUGUUGAUAAAAAAAUGUCCAAAGCUGAAAAAGCUACCAUUUAGCAAGGAGAGGGCAUACUACUUUGGCCUACAUGCACACAAUCCAGAAUGGUUCGGAGGACUUGAGUGGGAAGAUGAAGCUACUGAAGACUAGGUGGAUCCGAUCCAUCCGUAUCAGGUCGUUCUCAAACUCCACAGCUCACAGCUUCUGAGAGAACCCAUUUCUUGAGUUGCAACUGUGUAUCUUCAGCUCCUGUAAUUGUGUCUUGUUUUCUUGUGUCAUGAUUAUGAUUGUUUUGAAUUUGGUGUGAAGAAACUUGUAUCCACGUUGGGUGUUUUUCAAUUUUUACUCUACUUUCUUAUAGAGGCAAGUGUGAGUGAUACCUCAAAAUACUUUGUACCACAAAUAAAUAAAAUUGUUGUGUGAUGUUGUAUGAUUUUGAGUGGUGAGUAUAAAUUUGUUAUAAAGUUA